UUUCCUGUCUGCCAAACACUUUUUCCUAUAAAAACCAACCUACUUUUAAUAAUGGAGAUUCAUUUCAAUUUAUAAGGAUAAAACUUAUAAGAUUCCUAUAAUUUUACCAAAAAAGAAAAGUAGGCAAAUGGAUGGGCUUGGAAGAGAUGAAGAUAAGGUAGAUAAUGGAUUCAACCAUGAAGAAGAAGAAGAACAUGGCGGUCGCAAGAGCAGUAACAAUGGAGCUGAGCACGAGAUGUCGGUGGAACAAAUCUUUGAGAACAGGGAAGUACCGCCAUGGAAGAAACAACUGACGAUGAGGGCGUUCGCCGUGAGCUUCGUGUUGAGCAUAUUGUUUACUUUCAUAGUAAUGAAGUUGAAUUUAACAACCGGAAUCAUCCCUUCCCUCAACGUCUCGGCUGGAUUGUUAGGGUUUUUCUUCGUCAAGACGUGGACUAAAUUGCUCUCAAAAUCCGGUUUGCUCAGACAGCCCUUUACCCGCCAAGAAAACACCGUGAUUCAAACCUGCGUCGUCGCCUCCUCCGGCAUCGCCUUUAGCGGGGGAUUCGGGAGUUACCUCUUCGGAAUGAGCGAACGUGUCGCAAAGCAAUCUGGGGAUAACGGCGGUUUCAAGAAUCCGUCACUCGGAUGGAUUAUUGGCUUCCUCUUUGUUGUUAGCUUUCUCGGUCUCUUCUCAGUGGUGCCUCUUCGGAAGAUCAUGAUCAUAGACUUCAAGUUGACAUAUCCGAGUGGUACUGCAACUGCACAUCUCAUCAAUAGCUUCCAUACUCCUCAAGGAGCUAAGCUAGCAAGGAAGCAAGUGAAAACAUUGGGGAAGUUCUUUUCUUUCAGCUUUUUAUGGGGUUUCUUUCAAUGGUUUUACACUGCUGGAGACGGUUGUGGAUUUAUUAGCUUCCCUACGUUUGGGCUUAAAGCAUACGAAAACAUGUUUUUCUUCGAUUUCUCAGCAACAUAUGUUGGAGUAGGGAUGAUUUGCCCCUACAUAAUAAACAUAUCAGUGCUGCUUGGAGGAAUACUUUCAUGGGGUCUAAUGUGGCCUCUCAUUGAAAAUAGAAAGGGUGAUUGGUUUAAUGCAGAUCUUCCCAAAAAAAAUAUGCACGGCCUACAAGGUUACCAGGUGUUCAUUGCCAUAGCCUUGAUCCUAGGUGAUGGGCUAUACAACUUUGUCAAGGUGUUUACUAGAACCCUCACAGGCUUGUUUUAUCAAUUUCGAGGACAACAAUCUCUCCCCGUUGCAAAUCAGCAUUCUUCUGAUACCUCAGACAAGCUAUCAUACGAUGACCAGCGCCGAAUCCAACUCUUUCUAAAAGACCAAAUUCCUACAUGGUUUUCUGUUGCAGGUUAUGUAACAAUUGCUAGCAUCUCCACCAUAGUUCUUCCAUUCAUCUUUCCUGAACUCAAAUGGUAUUACGUAUUGGUCAUUUACAUCUUUGCACCAACAUUGGCUUUUUGCAAUGCAUAUGGAACUGGAUUGACCGAUUGGUCCCUUGCUUCGACCUAUGGUAAGCUAGCAAUCUUUACGAUUGGAGCUUGGGCUGGUCCAAAUGGUGGUGUCCUUGCAGGUCUCAUAGCAUGUGGUGUAAUGAUGAACAUUGUUGCAACAGCUUCUGACCUAAUGCAGGAUUUUAAGACCGGUUACUUGACCCUUGCUUCUCCUAGGUCCAUGUUUGUUAGCCAAGUGAUUGGCACAGCCAUGGGCUGCAUAGUUUCGCCUUGUGUCUUCUGGCUGUUCUACAACGCAUUCGAUGACCUUGGACUUCCCGGCAGUCAAUAUGCCGCUCCUUUCGGAAUUGUUUAUCGCAACAUGUCUGUACUGGGAGUGCAAGGCUUCUCUGCUUUGCCGAAAGACUGCCUCUUGUUAUGUUACGUGUUCUUCGGUGCAGCCAUUCUAAUAAACUCCAUUAAAGAUAUGCUGGGUAAGAAAUGGGGAUCCUGCAUUCCACUUCCGAUGGCAAUGGCAAUACCUUUUUACCUCGGCCCGUACUUUGCCAUUGACAUGUGUGUCGGAAGUUUGAUUUUGUUCGUUUGGGAAAAGUUAAACAAAGAAAAGGCCGCUGCGUUUGCACCAGCAGUUGCCUCCGGUUUGAUCUGUGGUGACGGUAUAUGGACUUUGCCAAGUUCAAUACUCGCUCUAGCCGGGGUUCAACCACCAAUUUGCAUGAAAUUUCUCUCGAGGGCAACAAACGCUAGGGUCGAUAAUUUCUUGAACUCAAAAAGUUGAAUGCAUUCGUACAAAAUCUAUAGAUGGUUACCCUAGGCACGUAAAACAGCAUCGUCAAUUAUUUAUAAUUUUGUAUGUUAUGUGCAUGUUAUUUCUCCGCGUUUUCUUUUUCUGCUGGUAUUGUUGGCACGACAAAAUGAAGUACGACGAGUGAUGAAUCAUCGGGUAUCAAAGGAUUGUGAUGUAUGUUAUAGGUGAAUGAAUGAAUGAAAAGUGACAUAUAGUUAGUUCAUACGGUCUUUGUUCUAGCAUGUGUGAUACGUAAAAUACUUAGUGUCGCUAGGUUUUUCAAUUGAAGUUAUACUGAAAGUUUGGCUCAUUUCCUGAUA